AUGAUAAGACUUCCAUCUGUUUCACAUUGCAUAAAUAAACACCUACCUCAAAUUUCUUGUCUUCCUCCAUAAAAUUCCCAGAGGAAAAUGGCAACAGGAAAUCACUCCAUAGUGACUGAAUUCAUCCUUGCUGGGCUGACAGAAAAGCCAGAACUCCAGCUGCCCCUCUUUCUUUUCUUCCUAGGAGUCUAUGUGGUCACGGUGAUAGGGAACCUGGGCAUGAUCACACUGAUUGCGCUCAGUUCUCACCUGCACACCCCCAUGUACUAUUUCCUCAGCAGUUUGUCAUUCAUUGAUCUCUGCUAUUCCACUGUCAUUAUCCCCAAAAUGUUGGUGAACUUUGUGACAGAGAAGAACAUCAUCUCCUACCCUGAAUGCAUGACUCAACUCUAUUUCUUCAUUUUUUUUAUUAUAUCAGAAGGUCAUAUAUUGGCUGUGAUGGCUUAUGAUCGCUAUGUUGCCAUCUGUAAACCAUUACUUUACAAUGUUACCAUGUCUUAUCAGGUCUGCUCCUGGUUGGUAGUUGAGGUAUAUAUGAUGGGCUUUAUUAGUGCCACAGCUCAUACAAGUUGCAUGCUAAGAGUGGUUUUCUGUAAGGAUAAAAUAAUCAACCAUUACUUCUGUGAUCUUUUUCCGCUAUUGGAGCUCUCCUGUUCCAGCACUUAUAUCAAUGAACUGGUACUUCUGUGCCUCAGUGUAUUUAAUAUUCUUGCACCAACCUUGGCCAUCUUCGGCUCUUAUGUCUCCAUCAUUGCCAGCAUCCUGCGAAUCCACUCCAUUGAGGGCAGGUCCAAAGCCUUCAGCACAUGCAGUUCCCAUAUCUUGGCUUUUACAAUCUUCUGUGGUUCUGCAGCAUUCAUGUACCUACAGCCAUCAAAUGUCAGCCUGAUUGAGCAAAGGAAAGUGUCUUCUGUGUUUUACACCAUUAUUGUGCCAAUGCUGAAUCCCCUGAUCUACAGCCUGAGGAAUAAGGAUGUCAAAGUUGUCCUAAAUAAAUUAAUUCAGAAAAGACUAUUUUGCUUUAGCAAAGAUUUAUAAUUCUUGGAGAAGAUUAAGUAAGGAAGGAGUCCACAGAUGGCAAUAUAUAUACAACAGUAGU